UUUGUGAGGAAGAAGCCUUAGAGUGUUUGCAGCUAUGAGAAAUGGAGUGCCUUGUUCAGCUCUGUGGGAGGAUCUGUGUUAGGCAGGCAUAGCAAUACGGCUGGUCUCUCUGUCCAGUGAAAGUGAAUAGAGCCAAUGUUAUGAAAGUGUCACAUAAUACUUAUCAUUGUUUGAUUUACUAUUUAGAUAUGGACAUGCAUUGGUAAUGGCUGGAAAUAUAGCAUUUAUAUUUGGGGGCUGCUCCUUUUAUAAUACUUCUGAUGAUCAACCAACAUAUUUCAAUGACUUCUACAUGUUGACAAUUACUCUAACUGAUUUGACAUGGGAAAGGAUACCACAGGAUGGUCACAUUCCCUGCCCACGACAAGGGCAUUCACUUAGUGUAGUAAAAGGCAAGAUAUAUUUAUUUGGAGGUUGUUCAAGCCAGAAUGCUGAGUAUUGCCUUCCAGGAGUCUAUGUUUUUGAUCUUGAUUCUCUAACCUGGCAGAAAAUCACAACCAGUGGUCUUGCUCCUCAAACUCUUGAACACAGUUCAGCUGUAAUAGGCGAAAACAUCUUUGUGUAUGGUGGCAUGGAAAAUGGUAAAGCAGUGGAUGAUCUCUAUACAUUCAAUACAGUGUCUCACUGUUGGACUCCAGUGAAAACCUUUGCUUCAAACCCUGGUGCCAGGACAGGCCACGCUUUUGCUGCCAUUGGAGAAAUCAUCUAUAUGUUUGGCGGUCGUUCCAAUGAAGAUGAAUAUUAUACUGAUGUGUAUGCACUGGACACAGUAUCUUUAAUGUGGCAAAAGUGUGAAGUAAAGGGAGAAAAGCCUUUUGGAAGAUCACAUCAUACAUUCACAGCACACAGUGAUAAGGACAUUUAUCUGUUUGGAGGAACUUUUGAGUUCAAAGAUGGUAAAAUCAUUUCAAAGAAUGAUAUUAUGAAAUUAAGUUUAGCUCGGAUGAAGUGGAAGAAGCCACUUUACAUAGGAAUCCCUCCAGCCUGCAGAUGGAAUCAUGUUGCAUUUAUUCUCCAUAAUCAACUCUAUAUUUUCGGUGGAAUUAAUGGGAAAGAAUUCAAUGACCUCAUGGGAAUGAAACUGAUAAAUCCUUCAGAGAGACAACUUUUUAUGAAAGAGAUUUUUUCAGAACUGGGGAUCGAAGGAAUAAGCAGCAGUUUCACACCAACCAAAAUUCCUAAGGUGAAAUAUGAAUUGACAGAAUAUUCUUUGCUGCCUGCAUCAGUUUCGCCACCGCCUUCACCUGCAAUAGAAGAGCUCCAGGAUUUCCAUUCUAUAUGUAACCAAGCAAUAAACAUGAUUACAAAGGCUUUUGGAUUAUUGGACUCUGAAUUUCAAAAACUUAACAUGAUAAAAGCUGAACUGGCUCAGGCAACCAAAGCUUUUCAGCAUGAAAAAGAACGGUAUGACAAAAAUCUGAAAAACCAGCAGAAGGAACUACAAGUGAUGCUAGAAAAACACAAAGUCCAAAAUGAAGCAUGGCUCAAAGCCAGAGCUGAGGAGAAUGACAAGGAAAAAGAGGAACUCUUCAAACUGAGAGAAGCAAUUCUUCAAGAUCAGGAAAGGCUGAGAGAUGAACAGCAAAGUGUUCAGCAGUGCAAUCAGCAACUCAUUUCUGUAAUGCAACAACUCAAAGGAAUGUGAAUCAUUUGCUGAAUGAAGCCUGAUCACACAACACAGUGUUGUUUCAAAAGGAUGAGCUGUUAUGUAUACUGGGACAAAGAUCCUGCUACACUACCAAUUAAAGCUCGAUCUUGCUGAGCUUCAU